AGAAGCUUAACUACCUUCAUCGUCCCUUCGUCGAAACCCUAACUGCAUCGACAAUCAUCUCAUCUUGCUUAGUUUCCUGGGAACUUGUCGUUUGGCGGGUGUUUAUUUGUAUAAUAUUCGGCAAUGGCUGCAAAGAUUCUUGCCAACUUGAUUGUUAUGGGCUCUGGAAUACUGGCCCGAGCUGUGGUUCAAGCAUAUCGCCAGGCACUUGCAAAUGCUGCAAAAUCUGGUGUUGCUCAAGAAACUGUACAGAAUAUCAGGAGAGCAGGCAAAGUUAUGACUGAUACAGAGGCCAGACAGAUUCUGGGGGUCACAGAGCAGUCGUCUUGGGAAGAGAUCCUGCAGGUUUGCUAGAGGUUUUUACUAAAUAUGGAGUUUUAUAUAUAUAUAUAUAUAUAUAUAUAUAAUAUUAUAAAUUAUAAUAAAAAUAAUUAGUUAUU